UAUAUUCGGAAACUUGCAAUGGAGUGGAGAAUAUUGGAUAUAUUCAAGUGGAUUCGAUAUAUAGCCUAUUUGAGAGCGACCAAUUUUUUGUUUUCUUAAUCUCAAAGUGUAAUAGGUCAUUUGUUCAACCCUGGAGCUGUUGGAUAGAAUGGCCUCAGGUGGUGGGGAUGGCCCGGGGAAGGUCACACAGUACCGGGUGGACCACCUCCUCACUGCCGUGGAGAACGAGCUACAGGCGGGCAGCGAGAAGGGCGAUCCCACGGAGAGACAACUCAAAGUCGGCUUGGAUGAGAACGAACUGUGGCAGAAGUUCAAGGAACUCACGAAUGAAAUGAUAGUAACCAAAAACGGCAGACGCAUGUUUCCGGUGCUGAAAGUGAAUGUUUCUGGGUUGGAUCCAAACGCCAUGUACUCGUUCCUGCUGGACUUCGUGGCUGCGGACAACCACCGGUGGAAAUACGUUAACGGGGAGUGGGUUCCCGGGGGUAAACCCGAGCCUCAAGCCCCGAGUUGCGUGUACAUCCACCCGGACUCGCCAAACUUCGGUGCCCACUGGAUGAAAGAUCCGGUGUCAUUCUGUAAAGUCAAACUCACCAACAAACUCAAUGGAGGAGGCCAGAUCAUGUUAAACUCGUUGCACAAAUAUGAGCCACGUGUCCAUAUUGUGAGCGUCGGAGGACCGCAGAGAAUGAUCACGAGCCACUCCUUCCCGGAGACGCAGUUCAUAGCCGUCACUGCCUACCAGAACGAAGAGAUAACCGGUCUGAAAAUCAAAUACAACCCGUUUGCCAAGGCCUUUCUGGAUGCUAAAGAAAGAACUGAUCAUAAAGACUUUAUGGAUGACAGUGACAACCAGCAGUCAAGCUACUCUCAAUUGAGUGGAUGGUUCAUCCCAGGACCUCCUGCUAGCCCUCACACGCAGUUUGGGAGCCCACUGUCCCUGUCCUCGUCCCACGGCUGUGACCGCUACUCCACCCUGAGAAACCAUCGCUCUGCACCGUACAGCAGCCCGUACACCCAUCGGACCAACUCACCUACUGGUUACUCUGAUAUGUCCUCUGGCUGUCUGCCCACGCUGCCCUCCCAUGACAACUGGUCCAGUCUUCAGAUGUCUUCCCACUCCACCAUGCUGCCCGUGACCCACUGUAGCGCCACUGGGACCAACUCCAGCCAGUACCCCAGCCUGUGGUCCGUCAGUAACCCGUCCCUGACCCCUGUCUCCCAGUCGGGGGAGAUGUCCAACAGCCUAGGCUCCCAGUUCCUGCGAGGCCCCAGUAGUAGCCACUAUCCUGGGCUGUCUCACUCUGUCACAGCGCCACCUGGUGGAUCCCCGCUGUAUGACUGCAGCACGGCCACAGAGGUGCAUGAUAGUACGACACUAUCGCAUUAUGAUACGACGCCGCACGGUCACACGCGACUGACUACAGUAUGGACUCCUGUUACACCUCCUUCAAUGUAGGGAGGGAGGGAGAGAGAGAGAGACAGAGAGAGAGAGAGAGAGAGAUGCAUAUAUGCAGACAGACAGACAGGCAGGCAGGCAGACAGCGUAAUACAAUGAAUGCCCAUGUUUUGUGAAAAAAGCUUGAUAGUAAAAAUGGAUUGUGAUCUGUUAGCAAAACAAAGGCUUUUAUUGAGCUUGUAUCGGCUCAUAUUUAUAAAAAAAUUUUACUGCUAUUUUCCCAGGUGAUAAAUGUCUUCAGCUUUUAUCCAUUGAAAGAAGUACACAUCUAACGUGUUGUUUCUAUAGUGUAAAUAUUAAUAUGAUUAUAUUAACCACCUCCGAAUGGAGGUUGACCAUGUAAAUAGAUAACAUAAAAUGUUGCUGUUUGUUUUACAAAAUUUGUCUGAGAAAAUGUUUGUAAAAUGGUACUGUAGUGCGUACUGUAAUGUAAUCAAUUAAAAUGUCUUACUAGAUCUUA